AUCCAUGUCGCGAUAAUGAGCGACUACGCCCACCGCCCAGGCGGCAAGCUCAAGCUCAAGGGCGACGACGGGGCGAAGAAGAAGAAGAAGAAGAGCCACGGCAAGGAAGAGCGGCGGGACAAGGAGGCGGACGUCGCCGUCGCGGAGCGCAGCGAGCGGCGCGAGGAGAGGAGUUCGACGCGCGAGUCCGAGAGCAAGGCCAAGAUAGAGGCCGAGAAGCCUGCUCCUACCGGGCGCAGGAUGACGGCCGCCGAGGCGCGCUUCGAGGAGGUCCAGCGGAAGCGCCGCGAGGAAAAAGCCAAGCGCUCCGCACACCAGACGCACAAGGACCGCGUGAACGAGCUCAACUCGAAGCUUGACCGUCUGAGCGAGCACCACGACAUGCCUAGGAUUGGCCCUGGAUAAGGCUCGAUAUCGCGCUGCAGCGCAGAUCGUAGGCUCGUAUGCAGCAGUCGUAUCGC